CUGGGAAGUUAUCAAUUCCAAACCAGAUGAAAGACCCAGGCUCAGCCACUGUCUUGCAGAAUCAUGGAUGAAUUUCAGCCUAUUUCUUCAAGAAAUGACUCUGUUUAAACAGCAGAGCCCUGGCAAGUUUUGUCUCCUGGUCUGCAGUGUAUGCACCUUUUUUACGAUCUUGGGAAGUUACAUUCCUGGGGUUAUACUGAGCUAUCUACUGUUACUAUGUGCAUUUCUGUGUCCACUGUUUAAGUGUAAUGAUAUUGGACAAAAAAUAUACAACAAAAUCAAGUCAUUUCUGCUGAAACUAGAUUUUGGAAUCAGAGAAUAUAUUAACCAGAAGAAACGUGAGAGAGCUGAAGCAGAUAAAGAAAAAAGUCACAAAGAUGACAGUGAAUUAGACUUUUCAGCUCUCUGUCCUAAGAUUAGCCUGACCGUUGCCGCCAAAGAGUUGUCUGUGUCUGACACAGAUGUGUCCGAGGUCUCCUGGACUGACAACGGGACCUUCAACCUUUCAGAAGGAUACACUCCACAGACGGACACUUCUGACGAUCUUGACCGACCUAGUGAGGAAGUUUUCUCUCGAGACCUUUCAGAUUUUCCAUCUCUAGAAAAUGGCACAGGAACAAACGAUGAAGAUGAAUUAAGCCUUGGCUUCCCCACAGAGCUCAAGAGAAGAAAGGAGCAGUUGGACCGCGGUCCCAGACCCAGCUCAGAGAGGCAGUCAGUGGCUGGUCUCACCCUUCCUCUGAGCGAUGACCAAACCUUCCACCUGAUGAGCAACCUGGCUGGGGACGUCAUCACCGCUGCGGUGACUGCCGCCGUCAAAGACCAGUUAGCAGGCGUGCAGCAAGCACUGUCUCAGGCUGCCCCCGGCCCAGGGGAGGACACAGACACGGAGGAAGGGGAUGACUUUGAACUACUGGACCAGUCAGAGCUUGACCAAAUUGAGAGUGAAUUGGGGCUUUCACAAGACCAGGAAGCAGAAGCACAGCAAAGUAAGAAGUCUUCAGGCUUUCUUUCAAAUCUACUCGGAGGCCAUUAGUCUGGGAAUCAGCUUGUAUGACAGAGCACAGAUAAACUACCAAAAAAAUUCAAACAAGCAAAACAA